CUGAGGAGAGACAUCAGGUUGUGCACUCGCCCUCUCCACCCCGCCCACUUCCACCACCAUGACAGACGGGGAACCAGAGGCCACUGCAGGUCACCCUGCUCAUGUGGCCAGAUAUUGGCACAAUCUGGAAUUUCAGACACCCUCCCCCCUUCCAGGAAACUGGCCCAAGGAGGGGCCUGGGCAUAUAUAGGGAGCCACUGUGGGAGGGCCUGGCCAGAGAGGCUUCAGGCAGAGAAGGCAAGACUAUGGCUUCUGCAGCAGCAGCAACAACAGAGAAGGGGUCUCCAGUUGUGGUGGGUCUGCUGGUCGUGGGAAACAUCAUCAUUCUGCUGUCAGGCCUGGCCCUGUUUGCUGAAACGGUAUGGGUGACCGCCGACCAGUACCGCGUGUACCCACUGAUGGGCGUCUCGGGCAAGGAUGACGUCUUCGCCGGUGCCUGGAUCGCCAUCUUCUGCGGCUUCUCCUUCUUCGUGGUGGCCAGCUUUGGUGUGGGCGCAGCGCUCUGCCGCCGCCGGUCCAUGAUGCUCACGUACCUGGCGCUCAUGCUCACCGUCUACAUCUUUGAGUGCGCCUCCUGCAUCACGUCCUACACCCACCGAGACUACAUGGUGUCCAACCCAUCCCUGAUCACCAAGCAGAUGCUGACCUUCUACAGUGCAGACUCGGACCAGGGCCGGGAACUCACCCGCCUCUGGGAUCGCAUCAUGAUUGAGCAAGAGUGCUGUGGCACGUCAGGUCCCACGGACUGGGUGAACUUCACAUCAGCCUUCCGGGCCACCACCCCAGAGGUGGUGUUCCCCUGGCCCCCGCUGUGCUGUCGACGGACUGGCAACUUCAUCCCCCUCAGUGAAGAAGGCUGCCGCCUGGGCCACUUGGACUACCUGUUCACCAAGAUGAUGAACCUCACUAGUGACGGAUGGAGUUGGGAUGUGAUUUCAGGCAGUCAGGCCCCAACCAGGUGCUUUAAUUCCUGCAAAGGGAGUGCAGAGGCAGAGAGAGAAACCAGAGGAGGAGAACCGGUCCCCUUGGCUGCCUGGGGGCCCUUCACCGUCAUGCCUUAGAUCAGGUGUCACACAGAGGGGAGCCUGCAUGCAAACCAUCACGGCCACCAGAGUCGGACAGCCCUUCCUUGAGCCCUGGCUCUCUGCAGAGUGCUUCCAUGCAUCAUCUCACAGGAUCACCACGACUGCUUUCGGAGGGCAGUGCUGUCAAAGAUCGCCAUUUCACAGAUAGCAAAACUGAGGCUCAGAGGGUCAGAAUCAUAGCUAGGCCCCAUAGCCAACAAGCGGCAGAGCUGGCCCCCAGCUCCGUCCUGCCUGACUCCAGGGCACACACCCUGAAUCUUUGUUCUUGGCUGCUUCCAAGUUGCGCCAAGCGGGGGUCUACAUGAAGGCGACAGGUGUGGGGCUCUGGGCCCACUCAGCCUUACCUCCAAAUGAGGAGGUGUCAGAACUGGACUGAUCCUAAAGGCGUAUUUCAAACCCUUGGAACUUGGGGGCAGCAUGGAAAGCCAGCCCAAAACAAAAUCACCCUCAGACUGUCAUAGGCACUAUCGGGGCAGCACCUGCUCGUGCAGGGCCUGGGUUAACAUCACCUCCCUGGCUCCCUGAAACCACCCUGGGAGGGAGACACUGCUGGGAUCCCCAGGGUGAGACACCCACUUCCUCGUGGUCCCACAGGUAAGAAAACCAAGGCUCGAGGCAGGAAGUGACUUUCCCAAGGGCGCCCAGUGACUCUUGCUUUCAGCAGCCAGCCUCCCCAGGCAUUUUCUCAGACCCCCGUGUUCCC